AGUCAGCCAGCUCAGUCAGCACUCUGCCCACUAAGUCCUUCCUCGGAGCCAUCCCCAUCCAGCCCCGGAGCUCUGACCCUCCUGGGCUUCCACCCAGACUGGGGAAGGAAGGAAGUCCGAUGGACUUGUGAUGGGAUUUAACAAACUCUUCCGGGGACCUUGAUUCUCAGGAAAGAAUGGCAGUGACCCAACACGGAUGAGGGACCUGGUCGGGCAGCACAGAAGGAGGGACAUUAUACCAACAUAAAGAUCACUGACUGGUGUGAACCUGUCUUAUCAGGCUGGGACAGGAUAUGAGGUGGAGAGAAUCAAGUGGCCACCGAGUGCUCUAUCAAAAAAGAUGCCGUCUCAGCAUCGGUCUGUGUUGGUUUUCCACUGACCCUAUGACUGAAGACAUCCUUGACUUCCAUCUAGUUCAUCCAAUGUUACAUCAUCAGGUUAACAGAUAUGGACAUCUCCACCAGGAUUUGGAGAAUAGUUUCAAUGGGCACUAAAAUUCUGGAUUAGAUUUGUUAACAAAGGUAGAUGGAGUUUAAGGCAAUUGCCCAACAAACUGCUGAAGAAAUUUUAGCUUACAGUCAAGAUAUAUCUGGCUGGAAAGUUGUUAAGUCUUCAUUAAUUUAUUUCUGGAUUUUAUUCCCCUUUGAGAAAAAGAUAACUGUUUCCAAGAAGACUUCUAAAUUAUUCCGUGGAAAUCUAUACCGCAUUGAAGGAAUAAUUCCAGUAUCAACAGCUAAGCUCUCCAGUUUCCUCUACCAACCUGAAAACAGAAUUAAGUGGGAUAAAUUAUUGAAAGCGUACAAUGUGUUACACAAGAUUGAUUCGGACACAUUUAUAUGUCAUACCAUUACGAAUAGUUUUGCCAUGGGCUCUAUUUCCCCUAGAGACUUUAUCGACGUAAUAUACUUCAAACACUAUGAAGGGAAUUUUGACAUUAUCUGUGCUCGCAGUGUGGACUUCCCAGGAUAUCCUCCGACUUCACAUUAUGUCCGUGGCUAUAACUACCCUUCUGGCUAUGUGUGUUCACCUCUCAAAGACUGCUGCCAAAGCAGUCUUCUCCUCAUUGAGCAUUUCUAGGGAUGGAGCCUUCCAGAGUACAGUCUUCAAUGAGAAGACCCCACCACCACCACCAUCACCAUAAGAAACAGAAGAAAUAGCCAAACCAACAAAUGUGCACUCUCACCAUAGAAACUCAAGAAACUUGAGAAGGCAAAAUACUUUCUUGAAUGAACAGUAUGGUCAUUGAAGAAAAAUCAUGGAAUAAAUUUAAGAGUUCCUAAAACUAAAUAACAAUGAAACCACAACUUACUUAAACAUGGUAUAAGAAGAAAGUUUACAGCUAUUUGUACUUACAUACAAAAAACAAAGAUCUCAAAUAAAUAAUGAUGCACCUUAGUGUCCUCGAAAAACAAAAAUACCCCAAACCACAAAGGAGCAGAUGGCAAGAAGUAAUCAAAUGGAGACUAAGUUGACAACACAUAGUAGAGAUGUAUUACAGUAUCGUUAGUAUAAAUAGCAUCAUAGCAUAUCUGGGUCUAUGAUACAGUCAAGAUUGACAAACUCAAACUAACAAAAGAAGGAGAAGAUCUGACUAAAUCAACUGUGUGAUGAAAAAGGAGAAACUACCACAGAUGAUAGACACAGAAUCACUAGCGAGUACUGCAGAUUCCAGGGGCUGGAGAGAUGGCUCCGCAGUUAUGAGUGCCCAUUGCUCUUGCAGAGGAACUGGAUUCAGAAUGGAAAAGGAAGGAAUACCAGCAACUCAAUAUGAAGCCAGUUUUACCCUGAUACCUAAACAGGAUAGAGACACACACAAAAAAAAAACUAUAGACCUAUAAAUUUCUACUGUGAAAUAAAUACAAGAUAUUUUUAAAUAAAAUUAUCACCACCUGAAUUCAA